CAGAAAUUUUCUGGAUUGCUGCAGAACACCAGCGCCGCCCAAGAGCGAGCAACCACAGCAUCCCCGACUCGCAAGGACCACCAGACACAAUGGCCCCUGAACUCCGAAAACGAAAAUCAAAGCCUGCAGUAGCAGAGCCCGAACCCGCCGCCAAAAAGACGAAGGCCACCAAGGCCACACCGAAGGCCGAAAAGCGCAAAGCUGCUGAGGACGCCUCUCCCGUUGCCGUCAAGAAGCGGAAGCCGAGCAAGGAUGCAACCCCCAGCAAGAAGGCUGCCGCCUCGGUCGAAGACAAGGCCGCCCCGAAGAAGUCGGCGGUGAAGAAGGAGAAACAGUCACCUAAGGCCAAGAGCGCGUCUGAGAGACCUAGCAAGGUUGCCAAGCAGGAAGAGGGGCAGCACGAAGACGUCCGGUCCGAUGUGGAGGAAGACGAGAUCGACGACGAAACCAUGGCGCUCGUCAAGACGCUUGACAGCGGUGACGACGAGGAGCCGGAGAAUCCAGUCACCAGAUACAAAACGGGCCAGGACGUGGGCAAGAUCCCCAAGCCGAAGAAGUCGAAAACAUCGUCGAGCAGCAGCGACAAGCCGGGCGUCAUGUACCUCGGGAGGAUCCCCCAUGGCUUCUACGAGCACGAACUUCGAUCCUAUUUUGGGCAGUUUGGCGAGAUCACGAGACUCAGGCUCGUGCGGAACAAAAAGACGGGCGCUAGCCGUCAUCGGGCCUUCAUCGAGUUCGCCGACGCCGAGGUGGCCGACAUCGCCGCCCGCACGAUGGACAAGUACCUCCUGUUCGGCCACAUCCUCCAGGCCCAAAUCGUGCCGCCGGAGCAGGUGCACCCGAACCUGUUCAAGGGCGCCAACCGCCGUUUCAAGGUGGUGCCCUGGAACAAGAUGGCCGGCAGGCAGCUCGAGCGGCCGCUGUCCGAGUCGCAGUGGCAGGUCAGAAUCUCCAAGGAGGAGCAAAGACGCGCCGCGAGGGCCGAGAAGCUGAAGGCGAUGGGCUACGAGUUUGAUGCUCCGCCGCUCAAGCCCGCCGUGGCCAAGCAGCUGCUGGAGAACGGCACGGAAGAAGAAGCCCCGAAGGCGCUCGAGGCAGCCCCUGCUGCUGAGGAAGCAGAACCGACGGAGGAAAAGCAAGUCGCGGUGCCGGAAGCGGUGGAAGGCAAGGGCGCAACGGUCGCGGACGAGGCAACUCCCCAGAAAAAGAAGGGGAAGAAGGGCAAGAAGACGAAGUCAUGAGGGUGAGAAAUCGCACUUUUUUGUAUUCUUGCAGUUUUGCCACCGGGAUACCCGCUGCUCGAGACACUACUGUGUAGAGUCGCCUGCGGAUGCUGCGGACGCUGCGCAACCACAUGCUGCUAUAUACCGAAUAACUACGGUACUUACCUGUACCUUUUUCAUACUUGGAUUUCAUACUUGCAUUCUCUGCAUGUCCGCGCCAAGCGAACCUGAAAACU